GGAAUUAUCCUCGGAUCCAUGUCUAAUUAUGGCCUUUUGAAUUGGAAAAAUCCUCACAACCCAACCUCAAAUACCUAUCUCUUUUACUCAUUUUUUCAAGCUACCAAAUCUCAAACCUGUAUCCUUGAUGAUGCUGGCCUUCUUUCUGUCGAAAUAUUUUCUCAGCUGAAGAGGAUACUGUGCAGAUGCUUUGGUCUUCAUGUUUUGGUUCAUUGCCAGAAGUUGCAUUUUAGCCAUCAGGUAGCUCUAUUCAAACCUUUUUCUUUUAAGCCUUCUCCUCUUGUUUAUGUAGAAUUGACAUAUGGAAGGAAUUUGUGUUGGGGGGCUGUCAUGCCUGCCUCAGCUUAAUAAAUUCCCAAAUUCCCACCUAACAAGUAGAAUAAGAAAUCUAUCCUACUCGGGUUUUAGAAAUUCAUCUAAAAUAGCAUUUUGCUUAUCCAAAUUGAAGUCCAAAUCGUUAAAUAAGACAGUGAGGGUGUCUGUGCUGCACCCAGUUGGAUUGGGGUUUAGGAGGGGUUUAAGCAAUUCAGAACUGUAUGAAACAGUUCAGUUGUUUGCUAGCUCAAAAGAUGUGAGGCAGAGGAAUGGGAGGUGUUUGGAGCGUUUGAGGGUGAGAGCAACAGCAGCAGAUAGCCUUGGCUCAUCGCCCUCAACUUCUCCAAAGCAAAUUCUAGGUGUAGAAGUUAAAACACUGAAGAAGGUCAUACCUCUAGGUCUCAUGUUCUUUUGCAUUUUGUUUAAUUACACCAUUCUGAGAGAUACAAAGGAUGUAUUGGUUGUGACAGCCAAGGGCAGUAGUGCAGAAAUUAUUCCAUUUUUGAAGACAUGGGUGAACUUGCCAAUGGCUAUUGGCUUCAUGAUCAUCUAUACUAAGCUUUCUAAUAUCCUUUCUAAAGAAGCACUAUUUUAUAGUUGCAUACUGCCGUUUAUAGCCUUCUUCGGUGCCUUUGGAUUUAUUCUGUAUCCUCUCAACGAAUAUUUGCACCCGACCGUUUUGGCAGACAAGCUUCUUCAGAUACUGGGUUCCAGAUUUUUGGGACCACUCGCAAUUCUUAGGAUAUGGACAUUCUGUCUGUUUUAUGUCAUGGCAGAGCUAUGGGGAAGUGUGGUUGUAUCAGUGCUGUUUUGGGGCUUUGCCAAUCAGAUUACCACUGUUGAUGAGGCUAAACAGUUCUAUCCUCUUUUUGGACUGGGUGCAAAUGUAGCCUUGGUUUUCUCUGGCCGUACUGUUAAAUACUUUUCACAUCUGAGGAAAAAUUUGGGACCAGGUGUGGAUGGCUGGGCAGUAUCAUUGAAAGGAAUGAUGAGCCUGGUAGUCAUAUUGGGAUUUGCAAUCGCUGGGAUUUACUGGUGGACAAACAAAUAUGUGGUAAAUGAUCCAACAUUACCAAAGGCGGAAGCAAGGAAAAAGAAAGAAAAACCCAAGCUGGGAAUGGUUGAAAGUGCAAAAUUUUUGCUUAAGUCAACUUAUGUGCGAGACUUGGCAACUCUUGUGGUAGCUUAUGGAAUAAGCAUAAAUCUGGUGGAAGUCACAUGGAAAUCCAAACUCAAGCUUCAGUAUCCAAGUCCCAAUGAAUAUUCGGCAUUCAUGGGAGAUUUCUCCACAUAUACUGGAAUAGUUACUUUCAGUAUGAUGCUGCUAAGCCGAUAUAUAUUCAGAAAAUAUGGCUGGGGUGUCGCAGCUACCAUCACUCCAGCAGUGCUGCUUGUGACAGGAGUGGCAUUCUUUUCAUUGGUGCUUUGUAGCGAUUCACUCGCUCCACUUCUAGCACAAUUUGGAACGACACCAUUACUAGCAGCAGUCUAUGUGGGAGCCAUGCAAAAUAUUUUCAGUAAAAGUGCCAAGUACAGCUUGUUUGAUCCUUGCAAAGAAAUGGCUUAUAUUCCUCUUGAUGAAGAUACAAAGGUCAAGGGCAAAGCUGCAAUCGAUGUGGUCUGCAAUCCACUUGGGAAGUCAGGAGGUGCACUCAUUCAGCAGGUCCUUAUAUUGGGAUGUGGGUCACUUGCUAAUUCAACACCAUAUCUUGGAGGCAUUCUUCUUGUUAUAGUUGGAGCUUGGCUUUAUGCAGCACGCUCUCUUGAUCGCCAAUUCACUCCACUUGUUAAGAAGGAUUUGAAGAGCAAGUUAGUGGAAGGAAAGUUGUCGGCAAUGUCCAGAGCUGUGUCAGCCGAAGCAAAGAAAAAACCAGAGGUAACCUACAGAUUUGUAAGUGUGCUCAAUGAACAAGGGUUUAUUGAAGGCCGUUAUGUCCCUAUCACAGAAGGCAAUACUUCAAUGUCACAAUCAGAUGGGAACUUUAUUAUGCCAGUAAACCCUCCCACAGGCAGUACUACUGAUGUAGGAAUGGUUAGAUCUAAGGAAUCAUCAGAUGGUGCCGAGUUACAAUUGUCAGAGCCUACUCCAGAAAAUUAAGUAGAAGAUCCCUUACUCUCAUUCCAUAACUUUUAAACCAUCUGCAUUAAUACUGAAUGGCUGUAAAAUUCCAUUUCAUUGUUCUAACUUCUUAUCAAAAUUUUAGAUCACUGAAUAAUCACUGCCAUCUGUACAAAAGGUGUUGUCCUUGGGUUAGAAUAGCAACGGUUGGUAACUAAUUGUGGUUCCAUCUCACAGUUUGCUGUAUAGGAAGGGAAGGUUUGCUAAUUUACAUGAGAUGUUAUUGAGUACGGUUAUCUUGAGGGUAAUUUCAACCACAAGCACAGUUUUUUAGAAAAAAGUUAAAAAUCUAUCAUGACUUAAUAAAGUGGUGUUGGAUGUACUGGUAAACAGUUUGUUUUCA